AUGCCAAUUUCCGUUUUAUCAGUACUUUCUGAAAAUUGGCCAGUAAUAGAUCUUCCUCCUCCAAUAAAUGAGACAUAUACUGCUCUUGUAGACUUAACUAAGGUUAGUCCAGCUCCUGUGAGUGCUUCCUGCCCAACUGAUGACAGUUAUUGCCGUUCGGAUUGUAGUGGUUGCGUUCGAAGCAAUACUGAUAUUGUUAAAUGUCCAAAUAUACUUGAUUGGGGUCUUACUUUAGAUGGUGGUCCAGGUCCAUACACGAGUACAGUCCUGGACUUUUUAGAUACUCAAAACAUUAAAGUUACUUUCUUUGUUGUUGGUUCUAGAGUAUAUCAAUAUCCUGAAAUAUUACAAAGAAUUGUUAAAUCUGGACAUGGGAUUGGUAUACUUAAUUGGUCAAACUCUUCGUUGGUAAAUCAAACUAAUGAACAAGUUAUUUCAGAGCUUAAAUGGACUAUGGAUGCUGUAAAAGCUGCUGUUAAUAUUACCCCCAAGCUUAUGCGUCCUCCAUUUGUACAACUUGAUGAUCGAAUUCGAAAUAUUUCAACUCAACUUGGUCUAAAACCUGUAUUUCGGGAUUUAGAUACUUAUGAUUGGUUUUCAGAUAGUGAUCCAACUUUUGAUCUUUCCUGGAUCGUAAAUAAUUUUACUCAAUGGGUAGCUGAUCCAACUAUCAAUAGUACUGGUCAUAUCUCUCUACAACAUGACUCAUAUAAUCAAACCGCUGCUCGAAUUCCUUUGGUUAUACCAAUUCUUAAAAAUGCCAAUUAUAAUAUUAAACCUAUUUCGGUUUGUACAGGGGAUAAUCAUCCAUAUGUUGAAGAUGUUAAUUUGGAUGGUACACCUUUUGCAACAGCUACGAAUUCUUCUGAUAAUUCUAAUAAUUCUAAUGAUUCUUCAAACACACCUUCAACAACUUCCAGUUCGAAUGCUGAUAGCACUAAUAAAUCAAUUAGCAAAAAUUCAAAUAAUUCAAAUAGUAAUAAAACACCAUUAUACGUUGGAAUUACGAUUGCUGUCAUUGUUAUUGGUUUGAUUUUAAUUAUUGGACUCAUAACAUGUUAUAAACGUAGAAGAAGUCGACAUGCUUCUAUAGCUGUAUUUGGCCCUAAUGUUGAAGAACGAUUUGCAAAAUAUCAAAGAUUUUAA